AUGAGUAAACGCAACAGAGAAGAUCGCGAUAUGGACAAAGAUGAACAUAGUUGGCUGCUAGACGCCUCUGAUGAUCGUUCUUCUUUCCAAGAUGCCUACUGUAAGGUAUGCAAAGUGCAUAUCAGAGCCCAUAGAUCAGAUCUCCUGAGGCAUUCAAAAUCAGCAGGGCAUAGUAUCCGCAUGAAGGCUGUGAAUACAAAAAAAAGUAACCAGAUCACAGCACAUGUUACUGUGGUUUCCGAUGAGGAAAAAUCUAGAGAUUUGAUUUUGGCUGUCCAUGUUGCAAUGCAUUCAUCUAUUCGAACCAUGGAUCAUUUGAAUGAUGUCCUGAAAAGACUCAAAAUGAUCCCAAAAACAGAUUCCUUCAGAUUACACCGAACAAAGUGCUCAAUGUUGAUAAGAAAUGUCAUUGGUCCUAGUAUUUUGGAAGAACUUCUAGAAGAUCUUGAUGGAAAACCCUACUCUCUCAUUGUUGAUGAGAGUACUGAUAUUAGUGUAGAGAAAUAUUUAUGUGUAUGUGUGCGCUACUUCAGUUCACGGCAAAAAGAUAUUGUAAUUGAUUUCUUGGGUAUGAUCAAGGUAGAAAAAACAACAGCUGAUGAACUGUACAAAAAUGUGAAAACUUUUUUAUUGGACCUCAAGCUUGAUAUCAAAUUAUUGAUAGGCUUGGGAACUGAUGGGGCUGCAAAUUUGUAGAGUCAUGAUAUACCCAUUAAAGAUUGUAGGGGACAAAGCUACGACAAUGCUUCAAAUAUGUCGGGAAAAUAUACUGGACUGCAAGCAAGAAUCAAGGAGAAAUGCGAAUUUGCCGCCUUUGUACCAUGUGCGGGACAUUCACUAAACUUGGUAGGUGUUCAUGCCGCUGGGUGUGUAUCAGAGAAAAAAGUUGUAAAAAGCCUUUCACAAACAAGAUGGUCAGCCCGAGCUGAUGCAGUGAGCGCCUUGCAUGAAGGUCAUAAACAAAUUGUAGAAGCUUUGAUAUCCAUCGCAACAGAUACAGAACAGGCACAAGAAACUAGAGAAGAAGCCCUUAGUCUGUCCAAGAAGAUGGGAAAACUAGAAUUUAUUAUACUAACAGAAAUUUGGAGCUCCAUAUUGGAAAGAAUAAACAAAACAAGCAAUUAUCUUCAGAAAGCAACAAUAACACUGGACGUUGCAAUUAACUUAUUUACUGCACUCGAUGAUUAUAUUAUUAGCCUCAGAGAUAAAUUUGAUCACUUCGAAUCGUCCGCCAAAGAGAAAAACCCGGAAUCUGACUAUAAGGACCUAUCUCAAAGAACCAGACUUAGAAGCUCACGCCUGUCUUUUUUUGAUGGCUCUGCGCCAUCAGUCCAACUGAAUGGAAAAGAAAGAUUCAAAGUCGAAACCUUCAUCCCCAUAAUUGAUACCCUGAGCCUUCAUCUAAAACAGCGAUUAAGUUCGUAUAAGGGCAUUAGUCAACGUUUUGGUUUAUUUUUUCGCUUGAAAACUCUGAAUUCCGAAGAGUUGAGACAAAGUUGCAAAGAAUUUGCUGAAAUCUACUAUGAAGACGUAAACGAGAAAGAGUUAGAAAUGGAAUGUCUGCAUUUAACAGAAUACUUGAAAAUUGAUGGGACGGAAAUGAGCAAAUAUGGAGAAGUCCAAUCCAUAACAAAGGAAAAAUGGAGCAGUAGUGUGAAAUUUGCAAAUGUUUUCACUGGCAUUUUUACAUUAAAAAUGAAAAUCAGAGUCCCUAUCCCAUCCUUUGUAAAGAUUGAUAAUGAAACAACCCUUGUCACAUAUCCCAACCAAGAACAAACAUGUUUGAUAUGUAGCAAACCACGUCAUGUUGGACAAGAGUGUCCAGCACGAAAAGCGAGAAUAGCGAAAUCCGCCAAUGACAACAUAACAUGUGCAGAAAAAAUCUCUGGCGGUUACAUAAACUUGAACACAUAUGCCAGCAAUACACUAUCUCCAUCUCUACAUUCAGACGAAGUAGUCUCCAACCCAAUUGAUACCAACAUCCAGCCUAAUAACAUACCAGAAGAACCCAUAUCACCAACACCCACCACAGCAGAAACAAAUGCACAAAGUACCACAAUAGUGGUACACCCGCAAAUUCACCACCCAGCUACAACGGAAAAACAUUCAGACUCCGAAAACUCGCAGAACGUAAUUUUGGAAACCAUCGGUGCAAGCUCUUUCAAUGCGUCAUGGGGAGAAGAAGUUGAAGCAGCUUCUUAUGUCCGCAAUGAAAAACCUGGAGAAGAUCUACCACCACCCAAGAAAUCGAAACGCAACAAAAACAAGUCCAAAUCAACGACAGAAAAAGACAACGAAGCAAAAGAUCAGUCGGCAAUUCCUGACCCUCUCAUAGAUGGCCAUACCCAAAUGCACCAGGUUAACAGAACAAUGUCAGUUGAUUCUGACACGUUUUAAAGGAAGUAGGAAAAGAAUGACAUCUCUACUACAACAAACAGCUUAUAAAAUACUAACACUAAAUAUAUGCAACAUCCAAUCUGAUUAUAAAAUAUCUAUCCUAUCGAACAUUAUCAGGUCAAGAGCUAUCGAUGUUGCCCUUCUACAGGAGGUGUCGUUAGAAGACCUAUAUAUUUCAGGAUACCACACAAUUGUCAAUACAAAACAAAACAUACGAGGAACAGCUGUAUGCAUAAGAGAAGGCAUCAAUUAUAAAAAUUUGAAAAUACUCCCAUCUUUCAGAGGCAUAUCAG